CCAGCGCACUCCUGGGUAAACGCACAAAGAGCUCUGCUCAACACUCCUUGUAGAUACCCAUCGCAGGACAGGCAAAGCUCGGAGCGGUUCUGACUGGAUUUUCAAAGAAUAAAGAGGAAUUAUCAAAAAACAGAGAAAAGAUGCAUGCCAGAUUUGCGGAUCCCGAGCCAGCGUCCCCGGACAGCGUGGAUGGAAUCGAAACCGAGUCACUGGAGGCAAGGAUUGAGGCCUUCAAGCAAAAUCCCCACAACAUGGCCGCUUUGCGGGAGGCGCUCGACGAUGUGCUCCUGCGGGCUGAGACGGAGGCCAACAGGCGAGCAGUAGAGAGCCAGAAAUCGCAACAGGGCAAGGAAAAACGACCGAGUUUCGCCAUACCAGAUUUUAAGAACGGCAAGGUGGUGAAUCGCGCCCGAGGAUUCGUGGUGCGGAUCUUUGAUGCCAUAUGCAAUUGUGCCAACAACAAUGCAGCGGCGGCCACGACGCGAUUCAAGCUGAGAAGCAACAGCGGCGGUGGCGGAGGAGGAGGUGGAGGAGCCAGCGGAAAUGGCAAGCGUCAGCAGUCCCAGGAUGAGCCAGAAACCCUAGUGCUGACCAAGAAGAAGCCCGCUGGCGAAGGCAAGAAAAAAAAGGGAGUCAGCAUGGCCAAUGACGUUCAAGCCGGCGUUCGACUGAUGGACUAAGCCUGCUCUAAUGGCUAUUAGUUGGCCAUACAGUGGGAAAACAUAAUCAAAAUACCACCAGCCCUCCCUAGACACAACUUUUACUCAGCAAUCGUUUCCUGUCAUCUUACCACUUUAAUGGGUCUUGUCCUUCCGGACAUUUUCUACGCUCAAACGUCUUAAGCACAAACCAACUUCCACGUCUUCCCUGAAGACCAAGUAUAUGGUAUAAGAUUAGAAGGCCUGCAAGGAAUCUUUAAAUUUCAUACAAUUUCCUGAGGAAAACUGAAGCUGGGCAUAUGGAAAAGCUUUAGCUCUCUACUUUAUUAUUUGAUAUACCUAAAUGUGAUCCCAGAUGGUAAUGUUAACAAAAACUCAACUCGAAGCACAAGCAACUUCUAGGUUAGUUAUGAAAGGAGAAAAACCCUAUUCGACUUGUGUAUACACUCUCCACCUCUCAGACAUUAUUCGAUCCCACGCACAACACAAUCAACGGCAUUACACAAUCCCAAUGGAGUCAAGGGCUUGCCUAAAAACGAGCAUGUCGAUCUCCACCUAAUAUUAACUAUGAUAUAUCAAAUUAUAUACUUAUAUGUGUAUGACUAGGUGUGUACGGAACCACCAACCUAUUUAGAUGUGUGUGUAGCAGUUAAAAAUCUUUCCAAACCAGCUAAGAAACGGUUCAAUAUACAAGCAUUAAUGUGUACUGAUUUUAUAUACAAUGUACUAACUACUACGUGUGAAGGUAUUAGACUCUUAGUUGUUUACACAAACCACCGUCUAAACGCCGCACAGGUUUCCUCGACAUCCUCAUCAACGUCAUCAACUAAAUCCGCACACACGCUCUAAUCGGAUAUAUUUUUGUGAGACCCUUUUUGAGAGAUCUAUAACGACACUAAUCUAUACCGACCCGAAAUUUAAGAUAUCGAAUACGAUGAAUACAUAGCUAACGAGAGAACUUUGUACACAGAUUUGCAAGGCAACCAUUUUUUGUAUAAGAUUUUGCAUUUAUUUUGUAAACUCUAGAAUGCAAAGAUCUCCCUAAGUUUGAAUGCGUUGCUAAGCCAGUUGGGUAUUUAAUAACUACAAAAUGUAUAAGUGUGCGUUCUUCGAACAAAAAACCAUUGUAUUUAGUUAAUAAUAUCAGCAAUAAACUAUAACAUGUUUGAAAUCAA